AAAUACGUGUAUUUUAAAUGUGUUUAUUAUUGAGUUUUCCGUGCAUUACUUCACCGACAGAACUCUUAUCUAAAAAGCGGAACACACACUAUGACAUUUGACAGUAUGUGAGGCGCGGUAAAUGCUACCAGCAGCAGCCGUUAGCACGAUAGGCUUAGCAGGACUGUAUAAUGUGUAUGAAAUAGACACAUAUAAGUUUACAUUUAGUUAGUUGACAGUGCCACCAAAUGUCUCGUUUUAAAAGGGGCGGAAAACUUGAUUCUCGAGCUGGGUUUAGGACGGAAACACAAGUGUCUCCUGUUCCUAACGGGCUCCUAAAAGCAGCCAGAAAAAGUGGUCAGCUCAAUCUAUCGGGACGGGGUUUGACAGAAGUUCCACUCAGUGUCUGGAGGCUUAAUGUAGACACACCGGAGGAGGCCAAUCAGAAUUUAUCUUUCGGAGCAGACGACCGGUGGUGGGAGCAAACUGAUCUAACCAAGCUUAUCCUCUCAUCAAACAAGCUCGGUGUACUGUCAGAAGAUGUAAAACUGCUGCCAGCUCUUGUUGUUUUAGAUGUCCAUGACAAUCAACUCACUACAUUACCCAAAGAAAUAGGUGAAUUGGAACAACUUCAGAGACUUGUUCUAAGUCAUAACAAUAUAAAAGAAUUACCUGUGGAACUAUGGGGACUAACAAACCUCCAAAGCCUUCACCUGCAGCAGAAUCAACUGGAGCGCCUUCCACAAGAAAUUGGGCAGUUGAUCAAUUUGGAUGAUAUUGAUCUCUCCAACAAUCAGUUAACAGAGGUUCCAGAUGGUGUAGGCAACUUGACAAAGUUGGUAAAGCUCAACCUGUCUAACAACAAGUUAAAGAGCCUGUCUCCUGCUAUUAGGAACAUGAAAAAUCUGAGGAUGCUGGACUGCACACAUAAUCAGCUGGAGAACAUUCCCCCUAUCUUGGCACAGAUGGAGUCUCUGGAGAUGCUGUAUCUUAGGCACAACAAAAUAUGCUCACUUCCAGAGCUGCCACAGUGCAAAUCCCUCAAAGAGCUCCAUGUGGGGAACAACCAAAUUACGGGAAUCCAGGCUGAGUACCUGAAACACCUGAGUGCCCUCUGUGUUCUGGAGCUGAGGGACAACAAGCUGAAGGCUCUGCCCGAGGAGGUCACUCUACUGGAGGGCCUGGAGCGCCUCGACCUCACCAACAAUGACCUGACCAGCUUGCCUUGCGCUCUUGGCAACCUGCCCAAGCUGAAGAGUGUGUCUCUGGAAGGAAACCCUCUGAGGGGCAUCCGGCGAGACCUCCUGACUAAAGGCACCGGGGAACUGUUAAAGUACCUAAGAAGUCGCAUCAAAGAUGAUCCAGAUGGAAAUACGGCAGAGCAACCCACUACAGCUAUGACCCUGCCCAGUCAAGCAAAGAUAGAUGUACACUCUAUUAAGACAUUAAAGACUUUAAAUUAUAGUGAAAAGCAGGAAGCGUUGAUACCUGAUGACGUGUUUGAUGCUGCUGAGGGAGGCCCUGUUUCCUGUGUGAAUUUCUCUAAGAACCAGCUGACAGCAGUGCCCCCCAGGCUUGUUGAGUUGAAGGACACAGUCUCUGAUGUCAACCUUGGCUUUAACAAACUCACCAGCAUCCCACUGGAGUUCUGCAUGCUGAAGCAACUGAACCAUGUAGAUCUCAGAAACAACUUUCUCUCUGCACUGCCACCAGAACUGAAGGAUCUAGCCAAACUAAGGAGCAUCAUUUUGUCCUUCAAUAGAUUCAAAGCUUUCCCAGAUGUGCUGUACAAGAUACCCACACUUGAAACUAUUUUGAUGAGUAACAAUCAGGUCGGUGCUGUUGACCCAAUUCAACUGAAGAUGUUGGAUAAGCUGUCCACUUUAGAUCUGCAGAACAACGACAUCAUGCAGGUUCCCCCAGAGCUGGGCAACUGUACCAGUCUCCGGGCUCUGAUGCUGGAUGGAAACCCGUUCCGAAAUCCCCGUGCAGCGAUCGUGGCCAAGGGAACUGAUGCCCUCCUUGAGUACUUACGCAGUAGAAUUCCCACUUGAUCUUAACCGUGAACCUGAACAUGGCUGGCU